ACCGGCCAAUUUCUCAACUCCACUAUAAACCCUAAAAAUUGAACCGAUUGGCCGAUCCCUUCACCGGGAAAUCUCAUCCUUUUAUCAUAUUUUCCCUGCCAAAUCGGAAGUAGCAUCGUAAAAUGGCGGAUGAGGUGGUAAUUCACAGCGAUUCUGAAGAUCGGGCGGCGAAGGGGAUCUCUGCCUCCGAUCCAGGCAGUGGUGAGACCAAGGAAUUGGAUAAAUCGGAGAUUAAGAACCAGGAACUUAAGAGAGAGAAUCUCGAAUUGAAGGAGAGGUUAGAGAGGCUUACGGGAGAGAUUCAAGAGAUGAAAGGUGUAGAAGCGGAGAUGAAUCAGAGAUUCGAAGAAAUGGAGAAAGAGAUCGAGGAGUACGAGGAAGAGAAGAAGGCUCUGGAAUCUAUUUCUACGAGAGCUGUUGAGCUUGAAACUGAGGUGUCUAAUCUUCAGGAUGAUUUGAUCGCUUCCUUGAACGGCGUGGAUAAGACUGCGGAAGAAGUGGCGGAGCUGAAGAAAGCCUUGGCAGAGAAAGUGGAGAAGCUGGAGGGCUGUGAGAAGGAAGCUGAGGGUUUAAGGAAAGAUAGAGCUGAGGUUGAGAAGAGGGUUAGGGAUUUGGAGAGGAAAAUUGGGGUUUUGGAAGUGAGGGAAAUGGAGGAGAAGAGUAAGAAAGUUAGACUAGAAGAGGAGAUGAGGGAGAAAGCUGACGAGAAAGAGAGAGAGAUUGAUGAAUUGCAGAAGAAAGUCGGUGUUCUGAAUCUGGAAUUGGUGAAGAACGGAGAGGAAUUGGCGAAAUGCAAAUCUGAGAAGAAACUCACGGAUGUAGCUUUGAGUGAAACUCAAAAACGAGAGAAGGAGAUGGAGUUGAAGAAGGAUGAGUUGCUGAAGAAGGUUAAGGAAGGUAAUAAGACUGUUUUUGGGUUGAAUGAGAGAUCCAUGAAGCCUAGUAAUGGAGUCAGAGACACAAAUGGUGGUCACCAAAAGGGUUCCAUGGAAGCAGAGUUUCAGUGGCCAGUGGUUGCUGCUGGAUCAGUUGGAGCUGCUGGUUUGGUUGCAGCAAUCUUGUUCGUCUGCUAUUCUAAGCUAAGGUGAUGUUGAUGAAUGUGUAGUGGAAGAAUAACUGAAGAACGAGUUCUUAAACUUUGAUUCCAGGAAUUGAUUUAUACAGGUUGGCUAAAAGUUUGUUUUUGGGUUUGGAUUUUUGAGUUUGUGAUGUUUGUUGAUUGUUGGCUAUCAUGUUUUUGUUGAUGGGAUCAGCUUUGAUUAAGCCACGCAUAUUGCAACUGUUCUUUAUCACUUCUACUUUGUCUUAUAGAUUUACGUGAGCAGUGCUUCUUCUUUACCUC